UGCCUGUGGCAGCUUAAGGUUGCUGAGGUAUUCCUGAAGAAAGCUGGAGAUGUUAUCUGCAUUGCUGGCACAGGAAUGGGAAAAAUGCUUGCCUUCUGGUCGCCACUUGCACUCAUGGACACUGGCAUUCAAAUUGUCGUCACACCACUCAACCAACUUGGACACCAGAGUGUCAGCUUCCUUGCAAAAGCUGGUAUCAACAGUAUCUCUAUAUCUGCUGAGAUGGCAAGC